AGCUGGCGAGUCCGUUUCUACGUUCAGUCAUCCCACCAUGGACUCAAAGAAGAAAAACAAGACUCGCUCUUCGAAGGCUGGGAUCAUUUUUCCGGUAGGCCGCAUACAUCGACUAUUGAAAAACGGGAACUAUGCGAGAAAAGUCGGUGUUGGCUCCGCUGUAUAUCUCGCAGGAGUUGCAGAGUAUCUAGCAGCAGAGAUACUGGAGUUAGCAGCGCAAGCGGCCCAAGAUAAUAGUAGAAGUCGUAUAGCGCCUCGCCAUAUCCUGCUAGCAGUGAAGAACGACGAUGAGCUGCGAAAACUCUUGGCUGGAGUCAUCAUCUCCGAAGGCGGUGUGCGGCCUGCCAUCUGCGUGGAGCUGCUGCCGAAGAAAACCACCAAACCGGCUCAAUCGCAAGAUGAUUGAAGACAACUUGACUGAUUGUGUAAUCUAGUUCGACAAGUUUCUAGCGAAACGAAGACACCGGCACUUUGCGCCGCGAGAGAGAAUAUUAAUUUAACAUUUUGAGAAGCGUUUAAAUGUGGAGAGAAAUCGAGUAAAGAAAGGUGUAAGAAGCGUUAAAGUAUGAGGAGAAAUCAGUGAAGAAUAAUAUAUGAAUAGUUUUAACUAAUAAUCAACUUAAUAUAAUUUUGCCUGCUAAUGUAUAAAAUACAAUGUCCUUUUCAGGACAGAA